UCUGUCUAAUGGAGUUCAGUUAAUUCAAGUCACAGUCAGUGGGAGUUUUUUUUUUUUGUUUGUUUGUUUUGGGGUUUUUUUUGUUUGUGCAUGCCAGCGCCAAUCACUCGAGCCAUCACACUCAAUUAGUGGACUUCCUGUCCUCUGCCUCACCCCCCUCAGCCAGAUUAAAGCCAUUACACCGUACCUGUCGGCUGCGCACUUUGCCCUCCUCAAGGACGACACACAUUCUCACAGUUGGGGGAGUUUUACUCGCGGGGGAAAAUCUGACUCUUAAGCCGCCGUCUCAGAGCUCCGAGGUGGUCGCGUAGGCUUGUCCUGUCAAUGAGUCUUUGAUGGGUGGAGAUGAGCGCCACCAGCAGCACCCGACUGAACCCCAGUCCAAACUUACUGCAGGUGAACGAGCCCAAGCGCUAUGGCUCCACGUUGUCGCUGGAGGAGAAGUGUGAACAGUCUUUCUUCCUCUUCUACUACUACAGGAUGGAGGAUGAGGCGGUGCUGGACCGGGGAGCGUCCUUACUGAAGCACCUCUGUGAUGAGGAGGAGGUAGAGGGUCACCACACCAUUUACAUCGGUGUGCACGUGCCCAAGAGCUAUCGGCGGCGGAGGCGUCACCGUCGGAGAACCGGCCACAAGGACAGAAAGGAGAGGAUGAUGGAGAACGCCUCUGACAAGUCGGACACAGAAAACAACGAUGAGGCCAGCAACAGCAUCCUCAAACCUCUCAUCUCGCCAGCAGCCGAGAGGAUCCGCUUCAUCCUUGGGGAGGAAGAUGACGGCCCGGCACCCCCACAGCUCUUUACCGAGUUGGAUGAGCUGCUGUCAGUGGAUGGACAGGAGAUGGAGUGGAAAGAGACGGCCAGGUGGAUAAAGUUUGAGGAGAAGGUAGAGAAAGGAGGCGAACGCUGGAGUAAACCACAUGUGGCCACGCUGUCCUUGCACAGCCUGUUCGAACUGCGGACAUGCAUAGAGAAAGGCACCAUCAUGCUGGACUUGGAAGCUUCCACUCUGCCUCAGGUUGUUGAAAUGAUCACUGACAACCAGAUAGAGAUCGGGCAGCUGAAAGCAGACCUGAAAGACAAGGUGAUGUACACGUUGCUACGGAAACAUCGCCACCAGACCAAGAAGUCCAACCUGCGCUCCCUGGCUGACAUUGGCAAGACGGUCUCCAGUGCAAGUAGGCUGUUUUCCAACCAGGAGAACGCUCGCAGUCCUCUUGAGAACUCUGUGACUUGCCUGUCAGGUCGCAUCUCAAUGGAGGACCUGCAGACCCAAAGGAGUACCAGUAUGGACUGGCUUAACAGUCCCACCACAACUCCCCGGAACCUGACGUCCAGUAGCCUCAACGACAUUUCUGACAAACCGGAAAAAGACCAGCUGAGGAACAAGUUCAUGAAGAAGUUGCCGAGAGACGCGGAGGCCUCCAACGUUCUGGUCGGGGAGGUGGACUUCCUGGACGCACCCUUUGUGGCGUUUGUUCGUCUGCAGCAAGCUGUGAUGCUGGGAGCCCUGACGGAGGUUCCUGUUCCCACAAGAUUUUUGUUCAUCUUGCUUGGACCCAAAGGCAAAGCCAAGUCGUACCAUGAGAUUGGCAGAGCUAUCGCCACGCUGAUGUCAGAUGAGGUCUUUCACGACAUCGCAUACAAAGCCAAGGACAGACAGGACCUGCUGGCUGGUAUAGACGAGUUCCUGGACGAGGUGAUCGUGCUUCCUCCUGGAGAGUGGGACCCUGCCAUCAGGAUAGAGCCUCCGAAAUCCCUCCCCUCCUCUGAUAAAAGGAAAAACAUGUACGCAGGUGGAGACUCUCAGAUGAACGGAGACAUGCCUCAUGAUGGAGGUCACGGAGGAGGUGGACACGGUGGAGGGGAAGAACUGAAGAACACUGGAAGGUUUUGUGGAGGUCUCAUACUUGACAUCAAGAGAAAAGCGCCUUUCUUUGUGAGCGACUUCACCGACGCGUUCCACAUCCAGGCCCUGUCGGCCAUAAUGUUUAUUUACCUGGGAACUGUGACAAACGCCAUCACCUUCGGGGGUCUGCUCGGAGAUGCUACAGAAAACAUGCAGGGCGUGUUGGAGAGUUUUUUGGGAACGGCCAUUGCGGGUGGAGUUUUCUGUCUACUGGCUGGACAGCCUCUCACCAUCCUCAGCAGCACUGGUCCCGUUCUGGUGUUUGAACGGCUGCUGUUCAACUUCAGCAAAGAAAAUGACUUUGACUACCUGGAGUUCCGCCUGUGGAUCGGCUUGUGGUCGGCGUUCUUCUGUCUGGUGCUCGUGGCCACCGACGCCAGCUUCAUGGUUCAGUACUUCACGCGCUUCACCGAGGAGGGCUUCUCCUGCCUAAUUAGCUUCAUCUUCAUCUACGAUGCCUUCAAGAAGAUGAUCAAAUUGGCUAACCACUACCCCAUCAACUCAGACUUCAAGAUGGAAUACGUCACGCAAUAUGACUGCCUCUGCAUGGCUCCUACUGUCUUAGAAAACAGUACUGAAAUCAUUGGCGAUCCCUUAAGUGGUACUGCAGUCUGGUACUGGAACAACACUGAUCUGCCCAUGAACGCCACGUGGUCGUCCCUCACAAGGACAGAGUGCUUAAAGUACAACGGAGAGCUGGUGGGAAAGGCCUGCGACUUCGUCCCAGACAUCACCCUCAUGUCCUUCAUCCUGUUCUUUGGCACUUACACCUGCUCCAUGUGUCUGAAGAAGUUCAAGAUGAGCCCCUUCUUCCCCACCACCGUGAGGAAACUCAUCAGUGACUUUGCAAUCAUCCUGGCCAUCCUUAUCUUCUGUGGAGUGGAUAUGCUUGUAGGAGUCGAUACUCCGAAACUCAUCGUGCCAACUGAAUUCAAGCCAACGAGUACAAAGCGGGACUGGUUUGUGCCCCCAUUCGGAGGAAACCCCUGGUGGGUUUACCUGGCGUCUGCUCUUCCUGCGCUUCUCGUCACUAUACUGGUGUUUAUGGACCAACAGAUCACCGCUGUGAUCGUCAACAGGAAGGAGCACAAGCUAAAGAAAGGGGCAGGUUACCAUCUGGAUCUGUUCUGGGUGGCUGUUCUGCUCGUGGUCUGCUCCUUCAUGGGCCUGCCGUGGUACGUGGCCGCCACCGUCAUCUCCAUCGCGCACAUCGACAGUCUGAAGAUGGAGACCGAGACGUCGGCUCCCGGGGAGCAGCCGAAGUUCCUGGGCGUGAGAGAGCAGAGAGCCACCGGUGUGUGUGUGUUCAUCCUGACCGGACUGUCUGUAUUUAUGUCUCCGAUUUUAAAGUUCAUCCCCAUGCCUGUGCUGUAUGGAGUCUUCCUAUACAUGGGAGUCGCCUCUCUCAACGGAGUACAAUUCAUGGAUCGUCUCAAGCUGCUUCUGAUGCCACCCAAGCAUCAGCCCGACCUGGUUUACCUGCGGCACGUUCCCCUCAGGAAGGUCCACCUCUUCACCUUCAUCCAGAUCCUUUGCUUGGCUCUGCUCUGGAUCCUCAAGUCCACUGUGGCUGCCAUCGUGUUCCCUGUCAUGAUCCUCGCUCUGGUCGCUGUCAGGAAAGCGAUGGACUACAUGUUCUCCCAGCACGACCUCAGCUUCCUGGACGAUGUUAUUCCAGAGAAGGACAAGAAGAAGAAGGAGGACGAGAAGAAGAAGAAGAAGAAACACGGCAGCUUAGAUAGCGACGCUGAAGACUCCGACUAUCCUUACAAUGAGAAUGUCCCCAGCAUUAAAAUCCCCAUGGACAUGAUGGAGCAGCAGCCUUUCUUAGGUGAUAAGGCCUCUGACAGAGAGAAGUCCCUGUCAUUCCUUGACCGACACACAUCGUGCUGAACAGCUUCGCUACUACAAGGCCAACUACUUAUCCAGCCCUGAGAUGAGUCCGCUGAAGACUGCUGUGCCUCAGAUUAUAAUAGACAUGGACCCGGACGAGGAUAAUUCCUUCUACUGGAGGGGCAGAGGAUCUGAAACGUCCCUGUAGGGCACCGAACCACCGCCCAGGCAACUUGCAGCACCCGCAACACAAACCUUACUUUCACUGACUCAACUUCUAGUCUGUCUAACUCGUCUCCAUCCUUCCGCUAUUAAAAGACUUUAAUAGUGACGCUGGAGAAAAAGGGAAUGCAUUAGAAAAACAACACACACACAGCCUGUAUUUUUAAUUAAUUUCCCCUCAGCUUCUGCACAGUAUCAGCCUGAUUAAUUUAACCCUCACUACCCCCCUCCUCAUACAGUAUAUCACUGAUCAACGGUAAAAGCUGCUGCAGCUCAGUCUGACCACGCAUGGAGCACCCUCCCUGCUCUUUUAUGUAAUAUAUAUAUAUAUAAAUAUCAUAUGUCUGAAUUUUUAUAUAAACCGAAAUUACUCUAAUAAGAUUUUUCCUGUAGCAGGAAAAUGAUGUUUCUUUCUUUUUUUUUUUUUUUUUUUUUUUUUUUUAUAGAUCUACCUCCUGUUUUAGACUCGAUGCUUAUCAUGAACAAAUGCAACAUGUUGAUUUUUGACGCAGCAUGGGGUUUUGAUAUUUUCUCCGUCUUCUUGUAGCGUUGGAAUGAUUCAAGAGAUUCACUGUGCUAUAGCUUGAGAAGAUGAAAUGCAAAAUAGAUCAUUUAAACUGAUUAACAGCUAAUUAACGACACACACACACGUGUUUGUGCAGAUGAGGUAAAUAUUUUUAUGAUCACUUUUUGAUGCCGUUUCGAUAGCGUCACCUUCUCUUUCUAAUUUUCUUUCACACGUCAAGGCUUUUGUUACUCGUUUAAAUUAAAUGUUCCUUUUUGCUUUUUUUUUAAUGAUUAUGUCAUCUGUGUAUAUUGGUAACUUUUUUUUCUGUAUGUGCUUAGAAAACAGUUAAAUAGCCAUAAAUUAAUAAAAUUAAAAAAAAUCAUCCGAUUUUCCACAGCCAAACUUAAACUCUAACUAGGGAUACAUAUCAUGUAAUAGUUUGUGCUGCACAAACUACUUUUACCUAAGUGGCUUAUAAAAGAUCCAGACUGAAAUUGUUGCAGAAACGAUAUGAGACAAAGAUUAAAAGACAGGAAUCGGACUGUUGUAAGCUCCGUGCAGUGCGUCAGCUUCACUACACAGCAGGUUUAUUUCAGUUUCUCUCUCACACUGUUGGAAUUGUCUGAUAUGGAAACGGUGACACUCACAUGCCACGCUGUUCGUACAGAAUCACCGGCUACUGUUUGGCGAUCCUUCCAAAGAGCAAGUGAAUGGAAAAUGUGUUUCAGAUGUUAAAGAGGAACCUUUCUUGAGCCCAUGUUUGAGUCACUGAGUGUAUAUGUAAAGAUGGACCUACCCACUUUUGUAGUUCAGUGUGGUGGCUCCGGGCCAUCGCCAUCUUGGCAGUGCUUGACUCCGCCUACUUUCUGACCGAUCACAAAAUGGGCAGCGACCUGUCACCCAAAGGAGACAAGUCCCUCUAAGCAUGGAACAAAACAAAUCGUCUCGUAACAUAUAUAUAAAAACCGUACCAGGCUGUAAACAUGUUUAUUUCUGUAGUAAUUUUGAACGUUUUAACAUAGAUGUCUGUUGGAAUUGACUAAUUUUUGGAGCCAGUCCCUAGUGGCCAUUUGAGGACCUGCACUUUUUGGCUGUGGAGUGCUGACAAGUAAAGAAACACAAAGAGUGAACUUAAUGUUUCAAGACUUUUUGUUUUAAUUAUUAAAAUUUAUACAGUGCAGUUAAUUAGUACAGUGAGAACCAGAUUCCGGUAGAUCUUCUUCUAAUGUACGUGACAUAGCAUGUGAGUGUUACGUUAAAUCCAAACACAGAAACCAGUCACAGUUAUCAUGAAGACAGCGUGGCCAGUGAGUCCACACCAGCGUUAAUGGUUAAUUCCAAUGUUUUUCACUGUCUUGUAUUUCCCAUUAACAUGUGUGUUGGUAACUUUCCGUUCUCCAUUCGCCUGUAGAAACUCAGGAGAACGGGGACUCACAAACAACAAAAUGUAAUUUUCCACGAGUCAGUUUAACUUGUUAUUUUCAGACCUUUGCUGACCGUGAGUGUGACAUCAACUAGAAACCAGAUGUGCACUGGCUGUUGACGGAAACUCCCGCUCAAACAAUCGGGUGAAUCCUGUAGACGUGAACCAUGUCAACACACUUGAAAUGGAAAUCUGUCCACGGCCUCACACAUGUAAACAAAACAAACUGACGCAGGAAGUUUAGCCGUCCUCAAAGAAAGUGCAUUUCUAGGUUUGUGCUACUUGACUCCUUGUUUCCCUGAAUCUCUGUGACCGAGUGCAAAGUUUGCGUCAUCUGUAGAGACGCAUAUUAAGAUAUGGAUAAGGACGCAUCCUUUAAGUACGGCACAACUACGCAAAAUGUCUCCUCGCGGAGUCUCUAAAGGGCACACUGAAGGACUUCCUGACUUCUUUACAAACCGUCUCCCUCGCCACUACAGAGACGAAGAUGAUUAUUAAUGAGCCGCCUUCUUUCUGUGUAAAUCCUGUACAUAAAUAAAUGCCCGGGGGCUCAAACCAUUACGACCAUUGUGUUCAAUUCAUUUUUUAAAUUUUUUUUUUGUCCAUUUCGAUUCAAGACGUCAUUUUAUUCUCCACAUCAGCGUUUGUCCACGGUAACUGUGACUCGAACGUCCAGGGCAUUUAGAUGUGGGGGGAGUUGGAGGCGUGUCAGACAAUAAACCUACAACAUGAAAUGAAAAUGUAAUGUUAAUUUAACCGUAAUGGAAUACUGAUACUUUUUUCUUUCUUCAUUUCUUUUUCUUUUUUUCUUGAUUAACUUUGUGACUUUUUAGAACAGGUGAAAUGGUUUUAUUUUAGAAUUUAUAUUUUUGAAAUGAAAUGUAUAUUGAAAAUAAACAGAGUUGUCAAACAGU